AGUUAACUAACUCUGCUUUCAGUAUUUGAAAUGCAGGCACAAAUUAGUUCUGUACAGUCACAAUAGUGUUCUCUUUAUUUUUCUAUUUAUUGAUCCGUAUGAGCACUGAACAGUCCAACUGAUCUAAAGUAAACUGAGCUAAAUCCAGAUAUUGUUGUGGGUGGUAGUUAUUACCUCAGAGACUGUGAUUCCAAUAGGAACCCAGAAUUUUUUCCUACCUGCAGGUACAUAGGCUUUGCUUUAUACUGAUAUAUAGGCAUUGCUUCUGCUUAUUGUACAUCAGUCUUUCUCCAGUUCUUCAGUUGGCCUUUAUCUUCACUGGUAUGACUUUGUGUUGACAACAGUCUUCAUCCCCUUUUGUGAGGUAAUUAAUGAAUAUAUUGAACAGCAUAAACCAAUGCAGGUUUUCCCCAGGGAUCUGGAGAUGAUUUUCUGCAGUGUGAAAACCUCUUAGACAGUUUAUGGCUGUUCCUGAGAUACUUAUGCAUGCCAGAGCUUUCCCUUCUUUUGCUUGGUUACUUAGUUUCCUCUAGAUUUAAGUGAGCGACUUGGAAACUCAAAUAGUCUAUCACUUAGUUGCCAUUUAUCCAUGUUGUACUACCCCAUACUCUUAAUAAUUAAUUUUGCAGAGUAGGACUUUAUAGAAUCAUUAAUGGACCUUAAUGGUCUUCUAGUUCCAAUUUCCCUGCCAUGGGAAGGAAGGGACACGUGCUAGACCAGACUGCUCAAAGCGCCAUCUGACUUGGCCUUGAACAUUUCCAGGGACAAAGCAUCAACCACUUCUCUAGGAAAUGUGUUCCAGUGCCUUACUACCCUCUCAGUGAAGAAUUUUGCCCUAAUAUCCAAUGUAAAUCUAACCUCUAUCAGACUGAAGCUAUUAGCCUUUGGUCUAUGACAAAUGCCCUGGCAAAAAGUCCCUCUCCAGCUCUCUUGUGGCCCCUUCAGGUACUGGAAGGCCACAAUGAGGUCACCCUGGAGCCUUCUCUUUUCCAUGCCAUGUUGCCUUAGUGACAGCCAGGCUGAAUCUUUGCCAUCAUAUUAUUUGUGUCCACUAAAUCUAUUCUUAAUAACACUGUUUACUAAUUAGUAAACAGAGAUGUCUGUCUGGAUCUUCCUUGAGGCGUUUUAAAUAUUGACUGUUUUCUUUAGGUACUUUGUCAGCUCCAGAGAAGAGAUUCUGCACUUUGGCUAAAAACAGAGCUGUUUCAUUACUGCUUAAAUGUUCACGGCUACUUCUGCAUAAUCUGAGACCCUUAACAGGUUAAACUACGGAAACCUCUCUAAACUGUUGGACAGUGAAGUCAUACAAAAAGUUUUACUUUGCUUCAUCAGAUAUUCCUUUAUAUCUGAUCAUUUUUUGACCUUUUGAAUUACUUUUACCAGUCUUUAAGAAAAGUAUUGAUAGUUCUGUUGUUUCUUUCUGUUUCAGCUGAGCGGCUGGGGAACAAUAUAUUCUUAUGUCUGAUUUCUCAGAGUGCAAAAUUAUCUUAAUUUUUCUCCUGGACACACGCAGCUUUUUGUAAGGAACUUCCUUCCAUCCUCUCUCUCCAGUUCAGAUAGUUCCAGUUCAGGGAUUUGAGAGAUUAUGGCAUCUGAAGCUCACAAUGUUAAAAAACAGAAAGUAUUGCAUAUUGAAGGUCGUCCCAUUGAUCUCCCCAGAAAAAGAAUCUCUUCUUCCACUAAAAAGAUCAUGAAGGAGGGUAAGAAAUCUCCAAAACAGCUGGCUUCAUACACAAACAGAGUAACGGUUGGAAAAACAGUGACCAGUCCCCUCUCUCUUUUCAAAGUGGUAUAUUGUAAAAGGAAAGUUCAUUGUUAUACUCCAAAGCCUUGUUACAGAAAUAAACUGUGCCCUAAGUCUAGGGGCCGUGACAUGGCAAAUAAGGAAAAUGAACUGGCUUGUGCAGGGAACCUGCCAGCAAAACUUCACAACAGUCGUACACACUUGAUGAAUUCCAGUGACUCUGGCUCAUCUCAAACAGAAGGCCCCUCAUCCAAAUACAGCGCAUUUUUUUCAGAGGUUUCUCAGGACCAUGAAACUAUGGCUCAAGUUCUUUUCAGCAGGAAUCUGAGACUGAAUGUAGCUUUAACCUUUUGGAGAAGGAGAAGUAUAAGUGAACUGGUAGCCUACUUAGUGAGGAUACAGGAUCUUGGAGUAGUAGUAGACUGCCUUCCUGUGCUUACAAACAGUUUACAGGAAGAAAAACCCUAUGUUUCAGUUGGCUGCUGUGUAGAUCUUUUGCCUUUAGUGAAAUCUCUGCUUAAAAGCAAAUAUGAAGAAUACGUGAUAGUUGGUUUAAACUGGCUUCAGGCUGUCAUUAAAAGAUGGUGGUCAGAACUAUCUGGACAUACAGAAAAGGCAGAAGAUGGAAAUAUUCAUAUUUUAAAACAACAGCUAAAUGUUUUGUGGGAACAGGAGAAUCAUCUUACUCUGGUUCCAGGAUAUACUGGUAAUAUAGCUAAGGAUGUAAAUGCUUAUUUAUUGCAGCUACACUGACAUGAUGAUGAAACUGUGCUUAUGUGGUGAAAAAUUCCCUAAAGUAUUCCUGAAAUAUGUGCUGAAAGCCUUUUGAGAAAUACUGGCAGAAGAGAACUGAACUGUCGAGCUGUUUAAUGAAACCACUAACAAAACUCUAACAAUCUACUUCACAUUGAAGUGGAAAAAUAUCUAGUAGGAGCAACUUUUGCUUCAGUGAGGUGAAAGUGCACUAUGGAAACUGUAUGCCUUUGCUGCAUUUGGGAUUCGCUCAGUUACUAGGUAUUCCUCUAAAUGCUACUGUAUUUUACGACAUCAUCACAUUCAAGAAGAUGAACUAUACUGUCAUGAAGACAAGACAGCAGAACCAGUUAUAAGGAACCAACAAAAACAAUCAGCAUUACGAGCUUUUAAAUGUCCCUUUCACAAGAGAACUCCAAAAUGCACAACUAUCUUCCAAUUACAUUAAAAAAUACAAAAAAACUUUGGGGUAUUCAAUUACUUCUAUGUUUUAAUCAAAUUAUUAAAGACAGUUUUUGUUUGCACUAUUGAGAAACUAUACAGCAAAGAUGCCUUAAUUACUAGUGUUUCAAAAAGCCAAUGUGUUAAGAUGCAAAUAGGUAUUAUGUUCAGAUUGUGAUGGAAAACUACAAAAAUCAGGGUUUCACAUUGUGUAGUUAAUGAAACAUUGCACAUAUACAAAGAUUCAUGUAUGAAAAAUAUUAUAAAUUCCUGAAGUUAAGCUUGUAUAAACAGUUAUUGCAAAUGUCAGCAGAAUGGUGAAUUUAUGUCUAACAAAUGUUUUUAUAAUGUAUGUGGAUUUCUAACACAGUAAUCUUGUUCUGUAUCAUUCAAACUACAUGCAAAUAAGUAAAUAUAUUAAAUGUAUCUACUGUUUUUUCUUUUCAAGUUCAAAAAAACCCAAAUUUCUAGAAUAAUCUCUUCCACAAUUGUUUUUAUCAUAGAUAUUUAUGUCUCUUGUUUAAAAUGUUUACAGCCAGGUGAGGCCAUGUUAUUCAAAUCACACUCUUUUUAUGCUACCUCCUUUAAGAAACUGACAAAGAGCUUUUGCAAAAUUGAUCAAGUUUUAACCUGAUCAAUAAUGGCAAAUUUGUACCAACAGCAGCAUUGAGAAUACAGCUAUAAACUUUUACUGUCAUAUUGAUAUGCUGUUAUAUUUUAAGAGCUAUAUCUUAAUAGCUAUGAGAGAGUCUUAAUUUUAGGCUUGCUGUUGCCUUUUUAAAUUUUGUGAUUAGGAAGCAUGUUUUUUCAAUGAAAACUUAUGAAGUGCCAGGUCUUCACUUAAAAGUUAUACAUGCACAGCAUGUAUGACCAAAUAGACUACUUCCUUAAAAAUAAGCACUUGCAAGGGUUGUUUUCAUACCUAGCAUUAAGCAUGUGCACUUUUAUUGACAUGCCGGAGAAGUCUUUUGAUAGCCACAAGUGGUUUUCGCUUUACAGAUUAAAUAGAUGAAUUCUAAACUCCUGUAGUGGUCAAUAACCAGGCCUCCUAUUGCUUAGUUUUGUAUACAGUUUAUGUAUCAUUGUUGCUGACUUCUGAAGGCCAACUAGCAGUCUGUUAUCAGAACUUGGUGCUUUUAGUUAUUUGUUCUGCAAACCACCAAAGGUUUUGCAUUUCCUAGGGCAGUCGGUUACAAAGAGUUUCUGGGGCUUCCCAAAACUGUGAACUUUGGGACAAUUUGGAGACAUGCAUGUAGCCAAUCUUUUUGCUAGAAUUGUGUAUCAUUAGAGAUACUUCAUGCUCAAAAAGUUUUAAGAUAGGACUUUUCAAAUAUUCUUACUAUCAAUUAAAAAUCUAAAGGAACUAUAGUAUGAUGACAUUGUAUUAUUUUACUGUUCUGUUGAACACUUAAAUGUAAAAGUAAUGAAGUCUAGUAUCAUCAUUUUGAUGGCAAUUGCUGAAACUCUUAGGUUAUUCCUUAAGGAGAAUGUCCUUUAUGGAAACUCAGAUCUUAUUUCUUUUUCUUUUUGCAAUGGACGAAAUAAAGUAACUUGUUGCCCUUUAUUUCUGAUAAUAUAAGGAAGCAUAGUUGUAAUUGAUUAAAGGGAUACUCUGGUAUUUAAAAAUCUAGCUUGAAUGUAGUUUUAGAUACGUGGGCUUAUAAUGAAUUCUGUAUGUGGCCAUAGAGUUCCCAAAUCCUAACUGUGGACAGUGCUUUUGUUUUAGAGGCAAGGAAAGACUGACUUGAGAAUCAUUACUGAGGAAUAUUUAAUAAAGUAAUGCAUUCUUUUUAACUGCCAAAAGUUGUAUUUUGACAGCAUCAAUAAUACAGUAUUAAACAUUGUCAUUAGUAUCUGUGCCUUAUUUUAAAUGAAUUUUUUACUGUUUUUAGGCAGCUACUAGACUGUAAGAACAGGAUUCAGGUGUCUGUAUUAUGAAAUUAUUUUUUCCAUCACGUUCUUAAUUAAUUUAAACUAAUAUUCAGGCUCAGCUUCUUGUAUUCUCUUUAGUUCUCAAAUAGCUAGGAAUCAGUUUUACUGUUACAGAAUGUACAUGUAUAAUAUCUGAUCAAAGUUGACAUGACUUAAAUGUCUUAACAGCUGUGUAACUCCACUAAAUUAAUAUCGUUCUCUCAGUGAAUCUAAGAAUUAACUUUAUGACCUAUCCCAUGCAAAAAUGCUAAUAUUUGUGACACUUUCUAAAAAUGCUGGUUUUAGGAUGAGGCAGAAGAUCCAAGCAGAAUUAAUCCUUUAUCUGUAUGUUCUUGUGAUGCAGAAGCACACAUGUACUUGAGGAUGAAGGAUGUCUCUACAAAGCUGUUCUUCGUGUUAUACCACUUGACAUGAAACUGAUGUCUUUGAAAAGCAGUGUGUCUUUUGCCUCAGUAGUGUUCCCCGAAAGUACUUGAGGCUCUUUUGCUGAAGGAGUACUUUUAAGUGUAACCAGGAUUUGCCCAUCCCCUAAACUGAAAUUAGAGAAUCCUUCUGGCAAACUGUCUCUUUCUGCAGGGCCGGGGGAAAAAAAAAAAGUCCAGUAUAUUAUAAAUGUAAAUGGCCAGGUUGAGGUAUUGCUGAUAACUUGCUGAAGAGUGGAGGUGGAAAAAGCUAUGCCAUUAAUUAGCUGGGCAUGAAGAAGUUAGCAUGUCUUAAUGAUUGUAUGGCUCUGUUUUGAAGGCUAUGCCUGUUUCUCAGGAAAGAGUCCUUUACUCUUAUAUCACACAGAUACUGCAGUUCCACACUACUUAAUAGUGCUUUCAGAUUGUUGCUGAUACUAAUAAAAAAUAGCAUCAACCCUCCAAAAGCUUACUCUCUGCAGUGAGAUAUAAAUAAAAUGUUUUUUCCCUCCUGUAGGUUGCUUUAUUGGUGGCUGCAGUUUUAACACUUGACGUGCAGGAGGGAUGGGAGAAUAGGAAAGGACAAAGUACGCAUGCCCUAUGCUGAGUGCCAGCCCCACUGCAUUAUAAAGCAGGCUCUGUUUUCAUUUUCUGGCAUCUGAAGUAGGCAAGCUUGGAGUUAAAUGUCUAUGCAUUUUGAAUUAAAGAGAUAAAGAUUUUGAAGAUGGAUGCUACAGUGUCAAUUUGUGACUUUUUUGUGUUUGUUUGGGUUUUUUUGUUUUUUUUUUUUCUUGGAAGAGUGGAUGUUCUUGUGUGUGGAAACUUGAAAAUAUCUUAUGUGAAGCUUACAUUUUAGACUAGCAAGUGGUUGCUUUUGCCAGUUCAUCUUGCCAGAUCUUCCAGUUCUACGAAAGACUGAAUGUCUGUCUUGGUGUGGAGAUUUGCAGCUAUUUUUUGUGCCUGGUUUUCUGGUGCAAAGUGAAACUGGUGGCUCAUAGUCAGCUAUUUCAGCAUACAAAACCAUGCAAAUUAUGGUACUGGGAUGAAGUUAUUCCAGCUUUGCACAAUGCAAAUGCUAAAGUUUAUGAAAGCAGUUGAUUCCUUUGAGAGGAACUUUAUAUUGAACUGAUGUUGCAUUAGUGAAGGGGAAAAAAUGAAGCCGUUUUUAAUAGCCUUGGUAAAAGCCAGACAGUGUAGUCUAAUUUUUGCCUUCAGUCUACCAUCCUACACACAGUAAUCAUUGUAGGCUGCAGAUAAAGAUUCACAAAGAGAAUAGAUUGAGCAUGCUUGUGUUAUUAGUGCUUAUGUUAUCCUUCUUUAAACAACUCACAUUUAUUCCAGGAGUUAAAUAGCUUGUUUUAUGUCUCAGAAUGAGAUUAAAUGCAACUGUUUUUCUCCCCCUUUCCACAUAUAUUCUUUAGCACUUACUGAUGUUAUUUAUUGCUCAUCUACUUUAAAUAUACUAAGAGUGUGUCUUGUUAGAAGUGAGGAGGGGAAGAUGAGAAUUCUAGACAAAACACGGGGCUAGCUCUUUUAACAUGAUUCAAUUUGAAGCAACUGUGAAAAAUUUCCAUCUUUGAAACUUUUCACACAAAUUCUGUUAAUACCUAUGAAUUGAAGUGUGCACUCACAGCACUAAGUUUGAUUUUGAACUUGGUUGGAAAAAAAUAAAGUGCUUUCAUUCUAAAUAACUGUAGCUGCAGUAUUGUUUCUGUUCUUGUUUUUUGCAUUGAGUACUAAGCUGGACUUGGAUACUAACCUGCCAUAAGGGAGGCAGGGUUGUAGCACUAUCCCUUAAAGGGAUAAAAUGGAAAUAUCCACAGACUUCAACUAUUGCAGACCUAGAAUAUUUUUGUUUCUGUACUGAUGGGAGUUAUGUAGUAUAUCUCUAUGUAGCUUUUUCUGUAUCUCUUUUGGCUGCUGAUUAUUGCUGUAAAAUGAGAUCUGCUACUUUCAGAUUGAAUGUGUUCCAUAGUGGUUGUGAUUCAUACGGAUCACUGCUUCAAUUCAAGCAGUCGUUACUCUGAGUGCUGUAGUGUAGAUGAGCAACUGAGUGUUGGAGUCUCAAACAUCUGUUCUUUGCUGUAACAAAACACAAGGACAUCACAUUUAUCUUUCCCACCUUUUUAUUCUUCCCUUAUUCUUUCAUUUAAGUGCUUAGAACCAUUUGAAUCCCCAUUGGAAAGUGAUAGAUGCCAAAAUGUGAUAAAAUGCUUUUACCAAUAUGCUUCUGACUUCUUUUAAUACAGUUCUGUGAAUAACAGUUUUCUGUGGAUUUGGGAAGGAGACUGUUUCUGUAUGUAUAGGCUUGAAAUAAACAGAACUAGUGGACUUGA